AAAUAGAGGAAGAAAAACACCAGUGUUCAGCCGACGGCAUACAAUUGUAAACAUUAGCACCCCGGUCAACUUCUUCCUAUCGUUAUGAUGAACAUAUAAGGUAAACCCCAAGCUGUGGGACCCAACGUUUUUCUUCAGUGCAUGGACGCAAAGCCAAUGCGCAGGGCCACCAGCGCACGUCAAGACGCCACUGGAAUGGACAUCACCAGCCGCUGUACUCUGGGGGACCCCAACAAGCUGCCUGAAGGGGUCCCCCAGCCUGCACGCAUGCCCUAUGUUUCGGACAAACACCCGCGACAAACCCUGGAGGUGAUCAACUUGCUGAGAAAACACCGUGAGCUCUGUGACGUGGUGCUGGUGGUGGGAGCCAAGAAGAUCUACGCUCACCGUGUCAUCCUGUCUGCCUGCAGCCCGUACUUCAGGGCGAUGUUCACUGGAGAGCUGGCGGAGAGCAGGCAGACUGAAGUGGUGAUCCGUGACAUCGAUGAGAGAGCCAUGGAGCUGCUCAUUGACUUUGCCUACACAUCACAGGUGACAGUAGAGGAGGGAAACGUGCAGACGCUGCUCCCCGCGGCCUGCCUUCUGCAGCUGGCUGAGAUCCAGGAGGCCUGCUGCGAGUUCCUCAAGAGGCAGCUGGAUCCCUCCAACUGUCUGGGCAUCAGGGCCUUCGCAGACACACACUCCUGCCGAGAGCUGCUCCGCAUUGCAGACAAGUUCACCCAGCACAAUUUUCAAGAGGUAAUGGAAAGUGAGGAGUUCAUGCUGCUGCCGGCCAAUCAGUUGAUCGACAUAAUUUCCAGCGAUGAGCUAAAUGUGCGUAGCGAGGAGCAGGUUUUCAACGCUGUCAUGGCCUGGGUGAAGUACAGCAUCCAGGAACGCAGACCACAACUACCCCAGGUCCUGCAGCAUGUCCGUCUGCCGCUGCUCAGCCCCAAGUUCCUGGUGGGCACCGUUGGGUCAGACCCUCUCAUUAAAAGUGACGAAGAGUGCAGAGACCUGGUUGACGAGGCUAAGAAUUACCUACUGCUACCGCAGGAGAGGCCACUGAUGCAGGGUCCCAGAACACGGCCGAGGAAACCUAUUCGCUGUGGAGAAGUCCUCUUUGCAGUCGGUGGUUGGUGCAGCGGUGAUGCCAUCUCAAGCGUUGAGCGCUAUGAUCCCCAGACCAACGAGUGGCGGAUGGUGGCGUCAAUGAGUAAACGGCGGUGCGGAGUGGGUGUCAGCGUUCUGGACGACCUGCUGUAUGCGGUGGGAGGUCACGAUGGCUCGUCGUACCUCAACUCUGUGGAGAGAUACGAUCCUAAGACCAAUCAGUGGAGCAGUGACGUGGCCCCUACUAGCACUUGUCGUACCAGCGUGGGGGUAGCUGUCCUCGGCGGCUAUCUGUAUGCUGUAGGAGGGCAGGAUGGGGUUUCCUGUCUCAACAUAGUAGAAAGGUAUGAUCCUAAGGAGAACAAAUGGACUCGUGUGGCCUCCAUGAGCACCAGGAGGCUGGGUGUAGCCGUCGCGGUGCUGGGGGGCUUCCUGUACGCUGUCGGAGGGUCUGAUGGGACGUCACCAUUAAACACAGUGGAGCGCUACAACCCUCAGGAGAACCGCUGGCACACGGUGUCUCCGAUGGGAACCAGGAGGAAACACCUAGGCUGCGCAGUGUACCAGGACAUGAUUUACUCUGUGGGAGGGAGAGACGACACAACAGAGCUGAGCAGUGCAGAGAGAUACAACCCCCGCACCAACCAGUGGUCUCCUGUCGUGGCCAUGACGUCCAGACGGAGCGGGGUGGGCUUGGCUGUGGUAAACGGUCAGCUGAUGGCAGUGGGAGGCUUCGAUGGGACGACAUAUCUCAAAACUAUAGAAGUCUAUGACCCGGACGCAAACACAUGGAGGUUGUACGGAGGAAUGAACUACCGCCGGCUAGGUGGGGGGGUGGGCGUCAUAAAAAUGACUCACUGUGAAUCCCACAUAUGGUAACACCGACCCUCAGCCCCCCCUCCCCCACACAUACAAAGUUACACACUUCUCAUCACGCUGCAAGGGGUGCCUCUUCUCAACGACUCCUGUGCCUCCAAUAGAGACGCUGCAAUUCAUGCGAGAUUUGAGAAAAAAAACGUGGUUUGUGGGGGGGAGGGUGAGACAGGGGAAAGAGGGACAAACUUUGAACUCAUCCCCACUCUGAGGGAGUGGAAUACCCUGCUUGUCUUCACUGAUUGACCACCAUGAAGUGCACUAAGAGUGGAAGUCCACCAAGAAACAUUAAGCUUCCAAUUUGGACAUUUCCCCAGUUUUCCCCAUCCAAGCCUCUCCGUGUGGGACAUAUGGAACAUGACACAUCUUAGGUUCGAGCACCAGGUCAUGGGAAGAAGGAUUUUUUUCAGUCUGUCCAACUGUGAAAGCAUUUAUCACCUUCCCUUGUUGUCAUUUGCCAGCCCCCAAAACGAAUGUUUCCGAUCACCACCCUCAAUGAGUACCGAAAAAAUUUCAGUUUAAGGUGUAUUCAUAUUUUUCCAGACACGCAACAUCACAUACUGACCCUCAGAGGUACAUUUUAAAAUCUCCACUUUUUUUUUUAACCAUGCUUUCGACUCCGGUGCAUACAUCCCAGCGCGUCACGUCUCUGGGCCUCACUUGUAGCAUCAAACAGUGGAGAGCUGUCAGGCAGUCUAACUUAUGAAGGCGUCUAUGUGUUAAAGCUGGAUACCCUGUGAGGAAAAACAUAACUUAUUUCACCAGGAAUGAUGGGUAGCAGCCCUUAUUAUUUUUGUAUGAGGAAGUCACCUCAAUAUUUGGUGUUGCCUCUGCCUCUCCUGAACUGCGGCUGUUUGUUACAGAAGAAUUGUGUAAAAAGAAUAAUCUUAUUUUGUACGAUCUAGGCAGAAGCGAGGCCCAACUCUGUUCAGAAAUAUUAAGACUAAAGCAAUCUCUCAUUUAUUAUUGUAAUGCAUAGAAAAGCAUUUUCUAGCCAAGAGAUGUUUUAAAGUUCAGCCAUUUCAGGAGUAUAUAAAGCCUGGGUAUGUCCUUUUUUUUGGUCAAUUUAUUAUAUCCCUGAGUCUGUUACAGGUUUAAAACUCAUAAGAUCAAAGUUUCACCUCUGAAACCACAAAAAAAUGUUGGAGAAAUAUGUCAUGACUGUUAUCUAUGACAAAUGCAGUAGUGUUCCCAGUGUGCACCACAUUAAUAGGAUUUUUUAUUGUAUAUGCAUUGAAAAGUCAGUGAUUUGAAAGUAUUGUGUUUUCUUUACACAAUCAUAGUCUUUAGAAACACGUUCUUUAUUCUCACUUCAACAUUUUGUAUGUCACUACAUGCAGCACAGUGUAAUGGCACCACCUGCUGGAGGAGAGUUGUAGUUCAGCGAUGACAUGAAAGAGCCUUUAGACACAGACUGUUGCAGUGAAUGGAGAUUUUGCAAGGUUAUUAUUUAAAAUACUACAACUAGAUUAUGUUUGAGAUCAUUUCCCAUCCUGCCCCUGGUGGAAAUGCUCGCUAUUCACUGUUACACCCGUUUCUCCUUAUUUUCCAAACAGUCAACAGGACCUACACUAUUGCGUUGUCUCCCUGUUUGCACAGAAGUGGUGGUUAAUAUAAUAAAAGACUGACUAAAAACAGCUUGGAUUAACAUGAAAAUGAUCAAGAUCACAGGAGUGUGUAAAAACUAGCAAAACUCUUGUGAUUUUACUAGACAUUGUAAUGUUUCUGCACCAGUGAAGUAGCUUGAAGUGGUCCCUAAGUGGUCUUAGAUCAAUGUGAACUAAAGUGGAGAUAGUUUGAAUAGAUGGUGAAAUUAGUUUGAAUGAAUAUCAGAUUAGUUUGCACUGUGAUUUGAAAUGUAUUUCAGAUUUCUUUCCUUAACUAUAGUUUGUAUGGGUGUUCCAAUGUGGCCAGGGUGU